AUGCCGAAGUAUGCGAAGUUCUUAAAGUACAUCCUCUCGAACAAGCAGAAGCUUGAGGAUAUGUCCUGUGUGGUGAUGAAUGAAAGCUGCUCUGCCAUUCUUCAAAAUCGUCUACCCACAAAAAUGGGAGAUCCUGGCAGUUUCACGCUUCUUUGUUUGAUCGGAAUUAUGUCUGUUAGCCAUGCAUUGGCUGACUUGGGAGCGAAUAUCAACCUUAUGCCCUAUAAGGUUUUUACAAAGUUGGAUCUAGGUGAGCCGUCGCCUACACGUAUGAGCAUUCGACUAGCAGAUCGUUCUAUCAAGUAUCCACGUGGAUUUGUUGAGAAUAUGCUUGUUAAGAUUGACAAGUUUGUGUUCCCAGUGGAUUUUGUUAUCCUGGAUAUGGAUGAGGACUCUAGGGUGCCUAUGAUUCUCGGACGACCGUUCUUGAAUACUGCUCGGACCAUUGUAGAUGUAGCUGCAGGGCAGAUUACACUCCGAGUGAAUGAUGAGCAUGUGACCUUUGACAUCAAGCGGUCAAUGCAGCACCCGCAGAGUCAGGAUGAUGCGCUUUACUAUGUCGACAUUGUUGACACGUAUGAGGGCCACGAUUUCGAGCAGCCAGUCUAUCAGAUUGGUGAUGAUGGUUCCCAGAGUUCGGAUCAGUUUACAGAGAUCGAUCGUGAGAAUGAAGAAAAGUCGAAGCUGUCGGUUGAAGAUCCACCGUCUUUGGAGCUUAAGGAGCUUCUGCCCCCAUUUGGAGUACGCAUUUCUAGACGAGGAGCGCCGUUUGCCGGUUGUUAUCUCAUCAUCCUUGACGGACGAGGAAAGGAGCAGACUGCUUAG